GGGACGCUGCUCUGAUGGCGCCGCCUAUGCUUCCAAAGUGGGCGACGGUUUGAUCGACUCGACUAGCGAACGAGUGACGUCACUAUCUAGUAAAUUUAUAUUUACGGCGGCAACUCGACAAGGAGAACGAGAUCAUUCACGGCGGUCGAGCCACGACGGUUGCGGAUUUUUUGCUUCACAAUGGGCAGAUUCUCGUCCAUUCAGGUUUCACAGCCCUUCGUCCGAUAACACCCUGUGUGUGAGUGUGUGUUACGUCACUGGCGAUACAACGUGUGGUGCGGUCCGGUGGGCUAGUGGGUUUUUGGUGCGGGACUGGAUUUUUCGUUUGUUUUUGUUGUUUUUUUUUAAUUUUGGACAAUGAGCACCACCACAGAAGUGACCAAGCUGCAACCUCGAUCUAGGAAAAUUAGCGCGACCGACAGCGAGGUGGCCUGCGAGGAAGCCGCUCGCCUCACCGUCGAUCAGCAGCAGCAGCAGGACGAGCAGGACGAGGACGGCGACGAGUACUGCUACUACCACGACCUGCCGCCGCCUCCCGACGGCGGCUACGGCUGGGUGGUCGUGUUCGCCUCCUUCUGCUGCAACAUGAUCGUCGACGGCAUCGCCUACACGUUCGGCAUCUUCCUGCCCGAGAUAGUCGACUUCUAUGGUGAUUCGAAAGGCAAGACGGCGUGGGUGGGGUCGCUGUUGUCGGGCAUGUACUUGAGCGCAGGUCCGCUGGUCAGCGCGCUCACCAACAAGUUCGGGUGUCGGGCAGUGUGCGUCUCGGGUAGCUUGAUUUCGACGAUGGCGUUCGUGCUGUCCAUCUUCAGUCCCACCACCAACUGGCUGAUGCUCACUUACGGAUUCAUCGGAGGCAUCGGCUUCGGCAUGAUCUACCUGCCAGCCGUGGUGUGCGUCGGCUACUACUUCGAGACGAAGCGCUCCCUGGCGACGGGCAUCGCAGUGUGCGGCUCGGGCGUAGGCACGUUCGCCUUCGCCCCGUUGGCCACCGUCUUGCUGGAGAACUACGGCUGGAAGGGGGCGAAUCUCAUCCUGGCCGGGCUGAUCCUGAACUGCGUGCUGUUCGGGGCGCUGAUGCGGCCGCUCGAGUAUCCGAAAGACACCGGGGAGACACCCCUGCUGCAACGUAUGGCUGAGGAGAGGAAGCUGCAGAUGGAGCAAGGCAGCAUAGGAGGUUCCUACUUCAUGGUGCAGCUGCCUGACGGUACGAUGGAGAAGCGACAGAAGCAGCCGCUCAACAUCGAUCCAGGGGUGCACUCUAGUCUGAACCUGGACCAGCUGGCGCCCGGGACGCCCAUAACGCCCAUCCCAACUGUGCCCACGCUGCCCACCAUCACCGAGGCCAAGGCCACGGAGCAGAGCAGUGGAUCGUCGGGAUCGCCGAGUCCUACACAAGGCAGUGCCACCGAGAUGAAGACCAUCAAGAACCCUCGGCUGGAGUCGAUCCAGCAGGAGGGUCGGAUCCGUCGGGACUCUGACAACACGAACAACGCGAGCGAGUUUUCCGGCGGCGCGUCGAAGCUGAUCCCGAGGAACGCCAGCCAGCCGGCAUUCUCGACGCACGUGCAGGGGCUGCCCAAGAACGGAUCCGUGCCGACAUUCGACAGGAUGAGGAAGACGUCCUUCGGAGAAAGGUUCAAGCCCACUUUGGGGCCUAUUAGAUCCUCGUCUAGGGCCACAGUCAAUAACUCCAACGGAGACAUGCGCAGGAAGCGAAACGAGUCGACGGGAUCGUUUAUGAGUAGGAAUAAUAAUAGCGAGGUAGAUGUGGAAAGUCUAGCCUUUACUUCCAAGUUGUCCAUCUCAAGUAGAAGGGAAAAACCAGCUAUGGUACGUCCUAUGUCUAGGAAAGAUAUAUUUUAUUCGGGUUCAGUCGUACACCUUCCUGAAUUCAAGUCACAAAAAUCCUUGACAAACUACAGACAGAGCAUAUUAAGUAUACCUCAGAUGAGGACAUUAGAGGACGAAGGCACACCUGGUGAUAUAUGCCCUUGUCUAGUCCUGCCAGAAAGUUUCACAUCUGCGCUUGCUCAAAUGUUAGAUAUGAGUCUGCUGAAGAAUCCAGUGUUUCUGCUCAUAGGCAUUUCAAAUGUAUUCGGAAUGGCUGGAUUGUAUGUUCCAUUCGUUUAUCUUGUGGCUUGUGCACAAGCUGAUGGCAUCGAUGCGAGCCAAGCGUCGUUCCUUCUGUCGAUCAUUGGCAUCACAAACACCGUCGGUCGCAUCGCCUGCGGCUACUUUGCCGACUUCCCCCAAGUCAACGCGUUGUUCGUUAACAACGUCUGCCUGAUCAUUUCUGCCGUGGCCGUGUCGUUGACUCCGAUCUGCCACACCUACGGGUUCUACAUCGCCAUUUCGAUAAUGUUCGGCAUCGCAGUGUCGGGCUACAUCUCUCUCACCUCGAUCAUCCUCGUCGACCUGCUCGGCCUCGACAAACUGACCAACGCCUUCGGCUUGCUCAUCCUGUUCCGAGGGGCGGCCGCCAUCGUCGGCUCUCCCCUAGCGGGCGCCCUAUACGACGCCACCCAUUCCUACAAAGUGCCCUUCUACGUGGCGGGCGGGCUGUUCGCCAUGGCCGCCGUCACCAGCUUCCUGGCGCCCUGCCUCAAAGGGUUCGUGCCGCAGGAGGAGCCGCAACUCGGCGAGGGUGACGCCCUCACGCCCAUAGAUGAAGACGAAGAAGAAGACGAGCCUAUCACCAUGGGCCACCAGGGCGGCAAACGUUUGCCCACAAUAGUGAAAACCGCGUCGAGUCCAGACGAGAAGGAAAUCCAGAUGAAGGAGUCCGUAUUGUGAAGUGCGAACCGGUUACUUUUAUAAAUUAUUUUAAUUCGUAUGUACAGCACUAUCGCCUUUUUGUACAAACACGAGCACCUGCGAAUAUCGAAUGUCAGAAGUUUUUGUUUUGAACUCGAAUAAGGUGUUUUCUAGGAAAGUGCGCUGAUGCUGGCAAUUCGAGGAAAAUUGUUGGAAACAUGUUGAUUUGAUGCUGUUAACACGGGAAGAAGCAUAACCAUAGACAGAAUCAUUUACAUUUAUGCAUUCAAACUUGAAUGCUUCCAAUUUUAUUAUUUUGUAAAUAAAUUCUGAAUGGUUUCAGGGUUUCAAAAACACAAGUAAAAUAAUUAAUUCUCUCAUUCAAACGGUUCAAAUGAGGUGAAAAUAUAUUUGGAAAGCACGUUUUCUUUACUGGAUAAUUUAUAUUUAUUUCCCCGAAUCUGUUCUCGUAUGUAUCAGUUUACAGUUUGUUCAAAUCGUAAAAUUCCUUGAUACAGUUCAGCCGGCAACCUGACAGAACUCUACAAAUGGAACUCAAAACUUCAGUACAUUCUGGCCGCCAACUGCUGUGUUUGAAAAUUUUCCACGAAAUUGUGAGGCUCUUAAACGAUAUUUUCUCGCUUAUCACAAAAUAUUUUGUUAGGAAAACUAUGCAUGUAUAUUUGCAAUUUUUUUAUGAGCAUCUAUGGUAACAAAAUUAAAUCUCCUUUUGUGAUCAACAUAAUUCCUUCGUAUUGAAUUGAAUAAGGGAUUCAGAGCUUGUAUUGUUUUUUUGACUGGCUGUUCACAGGGGU